AUGUCUUCGGCAAUGGGAAUGACACCUGAGGAACUGGCGCACACGAUCACUGAGGCACAACACAUAAAUGCCGCGAAGUAUUACCUCAUCGCGAGUAUAACGAUGAUGGCUUACGAUAUGGUACUUACAUUUCAUCUCGAGUAUGAGUACAUUUGGAAGAGGAAAAAGACGCUUGUUUCUUACUUAUUUUUGGUCAACCGUUAUCUAAAUCCAUGCUACUACAUCAUCACCACAACGGCAUAUUUUGACCCAUCCUGGACUUUUGCGACGUGA